AUCACCUGCAUCACUCAAGUCACGGGUUCGCUUUGGGUUUGCUGGGCUUGUUGGGCGAACUCUGAGAAGCUUUCGCAAGUUCUGUUUUUAUCGGGGCUGGAAAUUUCAGUGUUUUUAUGCGCGUGUGCUCGUGCCCACCAGUGCCUUCCAAAUGUGACCAUGUACGACGCCUACAUUCCCACCCAGAUCCUCAAAAAGCUGCCGCUGCAGAUAGAAUCCGCGGCAGCCUACGACGAUAAGCUGCUGAUCGGGACGAGACAGGGACACUUGCUCGUCUACAAGGUGGUCUCCAGAGGCAGCUCCGACGGCAUUGUCAAGUACGACGUGAAUUUAAGCUGCUCCAACAAGUUCUUCGCAAAGAAACCCAUCGUCCAGUUAUGUGCAAUUCCCGAGCUGUCGCUGCUCAUCAGCUUGUCGGACAAUGCGGUGACAGUGAACCAUUUGAGUUUAGAGCCGAACACGCCUCCGAUCGACUGCCCAGCGCUGGCCAAGUGCAAGGGGUGUACGCUGUUCUCCGUGAACGUUCAAAAGCAGACUACGCUCACUGGAGAGGUCAAGAUCACGCUCAUGCUCUGCGCUGCCGUCAAGCGGAAGCUGGAGCUCUUCUACUGGAAGAACAACACCUUUUGCGAACACCCGCAGGACUUGUGCGUGCCCGACACCCCGCGCUCAAUCGUGUGGUGCGCCGACGAAUCGCUGCUCAUUGGCUUUCGGUCGGAGUACAACAUUCUCAAGCUGUGCGGGGAUACGAAGCAGCUCUUUCCCACGGGGAAGCAGCCGGAGCCGCUGUGCGUCAAGUUGAAGGACGACAGCUUCGCGCUGGGCAGAGACGAGAUGACAAUCUUUGUGAACAGCGAAGGACAGCCCACCCACAAGUACGCCGUCAACUGGUCAGAGCCGCCCGUCUCUGUUUCCUACGACUACCCUUACCUCAUAAGCGUGCAGUCGUUCGGCGUCGAGAUUAGGACUAUUGAACCUCGACUGCUAAUCCAGAGAGUGACCUUGCAAAAGCCAAAGUUAAUAGUCUUCGCCAAGAAUGGGCAGCUGUACAUCGCGUCCGGCGGCGACAUCUGGUGUCUCGUACGGACUCCGAUACAGGACCAGAUCCCUCAGGUGCUCAAGGAGAAGAACUUCGAGCUCGCACUCAAGCUGGCCGAGCUUUUGGAUGCUACAGACGUCGAUCUGGUUGCCUACAAGCGUCACAUACAGAACCUGCAUGCCUUCGACUUGUUCUGCAAAAAAAAGUUUGAGGAGUCCAUGACCAUCUUUGUAGACCUGGAAACGGAUCCCUCCCACGUGAUAGGGCUUUUCCCAGACCUCCUGCCGGCCGACUACAGGAGGUCUCUCGAAUAUCCGGACCAAAUACCUGAGCUCAGGGACACGGACCGAGAGGCUGGGCUGUUUGCGCUCGUCGACUACCUAGUGCAGGUGAGGCGUAGACUCCUUGCUGACAGCCAGCACGAGCCGGCGCUGACGGGAAUUGUACAAGGUAGCAAGACCAUCAAGAGCAGGAAGCAGCUCCUUCAGAUCAUAGACACAACCUUGCUCAAGUGCUAUCUUCGUACCAAUGUUGCGCUGGUUUCCUCUUUACUCCGCCUGCCGGACAACUACUGCCAUCUGGAGGCAUGCGAGACGGAGCUCAAGGAACACCAAAAGCUGAGUGAACUCAUCAUCCUCUACCAGACGAAAAAUGAGCACAGGAAAGCUCUCGACCUACUCUCGGAAGAGGCGAGGAAGCCGGACUCUGUCUUGAAAGGCCCCGAGAGGGCCAUCAGCUACCUGCAGCAACUGGGCAAGGAUCAGAGCGAGCUCGUCUUUGAGUAUUCCAAGUGGGUUGUGUCGAAGUAUCCCGAAGAGGGCCUCAAAAUCUUUACGGAGCUCCAGGAGAAAGAGGCGCAGGAGCUCGAGCGGCAUGCUGUCCUCAACUUCCUCUCCAAGAGUGCUCCCACACUGGUCAUCCCCUACCUCGAACAUGUCAUUUACCAGUGGGAUGACCAAACUGAGAUGUUCCACAACACACUCAUCCACAAGUACACUGAGGUGGUCCGGAAUCUCAUAAAAAAUGGGAACGUCGCCGUAGAUCCGGGAGAUCCGGGACCCGUCGGCAAGACGCGGGCAGACCUGGUCCGUUUCCUAGAAUCUUCGGAGCGCUACACGGCCGAAAACUUUCCCACGCACCUGUUGAGUGAUGGGCUGUUUGAAGAGGCUGCCGUCGUGAUGGGCAAACUUGGACGCCACAACGAAGCGCUGGAAAUCUACAUCCGCAUUCUCAGGGACCCCACCAAGGCGGACCGGUACUGCCAAAAACAGUAUCAGCGGAACCCGGAGCUCAAUCGAGACGUCUUCCUCACCCUCCUUCAGAUGUACCUCGAGCCACCUAACCCGAGUUCCCAGAUCUUGAGCAUGCAUGUCGGUGGCGCUCCCAUCGUAUACAAGCCACACGCGGAAAACAAUGGUCUCGUGCCGGGGGGAGCGGGCGGCGACGUCAAGAUGGCGCUCAGGGUCCUCGCGCUCCACACCGACCAGAUCGACCCUCUCCGAGCGCUGCGGCUGCUGCCUCCGGAGCUCCUGGUGUCGGACGUGCGCGACUUUCUCAGGAAGGUCCUGGACAGGAGGAGCAGGAAGCUGCACGACGCGGAACUAUACAAAUCGCUGCUCUUUGCCGAGAACCUGCAGGUGCAGGAGCGAUGGAUGCGCUGCAAGUCGAUCAAGCUGGUCAUUGCUGAGCUAGACUCGUGCGGAAUCUGCCAGAAGAGAAUCGGCAAGAGUGCCUUUGCAAGGUUUCCGGACGGUGCCGUGGUCCACUAUUCGUGCAAGGAUGCACACGAGGCCAUCCUGCGCGAGGCCGCUCCAAAGAUUGCAUUGGCAGACACGGCCACGAGAGACAGUCACAUCAAUGCCUGCUGACGUUAGCGGGCGUAUUCCGCCGCGGGCUCCAGAAAAUAAUCCAACGUGCCUCUUUCAGAGUUUACGAGACAUGUCACUUUCGUGCCUGGCAUUCAGGGAGUAGCAUGUUGCAUGUAAUAUAUUUAUCCCAUUCCUUUAAACAUGACUGAGCAAAAUAAAGCUGUUUGCUGCCUUGCUGCUA